AUGUGUAUGAGCGCAAAAAUAAUCAGGGUGCCAACUAAUAACAUCCAGCAUAAUUGGCAAUCAAAUGGUCGUAAUUUUACGGGAAAAGUAGUUUUGGUGACCGGAAGUAGCUCUGGCAUCGGAGAGAUCACCACAAAAGAGUUCUCCAGAUUAGGGGCCAGUGUUGUGGUCACCGGUAGGAAUGCCACAGAUAUUAGUCGCGUGGCUAAAGAGGCUCAACAAUUAUCUCCAUAUAAACUAAAGCCAUUAGAAAUUGUGGCCGAUUUGGCAAAACCUGAUGACGUGAACCGAUUGGUCAACGAAACCAUUGAAACGUUUGGAAAGUUAGAUGUAUUGGUGAACAACGCGGCCAUUGGUCUCCUGGCGACCAUUGAUGACAAGAAUCUGACCGAUGUUUUCGAUGCUGUUAUGGCGGUCAACCUGAGGGCCCCCUUACAGCUCAUACAACUGGUCCACCCCUACCUAAACACCACCAAUGGCUCCAUUAUUAACAUGGGUGGUAUACGUGACUCUAGUAUUGACAUAAGAGCCGUACCGAUAGGUGUGGCCAAAGUAGGCAUCGAUUACUCGGUCAAAGUGCUAGCCGUGGCGUUGGGACCAAGGAUUAGGAUCAAUGCCGUUGAGUAG